UUGGAGAUUUACAUUGUAUUUCACCUCAUUCUUCUCUGGACUGGCUCUUCUCCAUGAUGAACUCUGGUUUUGGGACCACACCAUGUGCUGGCUGAAAUUUCCACAACAGCCUCUACCACCCAUAUUUGGCUGGUUCUACCUCCUGGAGCUCUCCUACUGCUCCCUGAUGGCCACCCUGCCCUUUGAUAUGAAGAGGAGGGACUUUAAGGAACAGAUUGUUCACCACAUCGCCACCAUCACUCUGAUCUUUGUCUCCUACUGUGCCAGUAUGAUACGGUUUGGGAUGAUAGUCAUGCUGGUCCAUGUUGCCUCUGAUUAUAUUUUAGAGCUUGCCAAGAUACUCCAUUACCUGAAAUGAAGGGUCUGUGAAGCAGUAUUCAGUGUUUCUGUUGUGGUUUUCAUCAUCUCCUGGCUUGUCAUUUUCCCAUUAAUUGUAUAUUAUUACUUCAUUACAAAAGUUUCAUUGUUCCUCAUAAGCUGUCUCAUAAAUGCUUUCCUGGUGAUCCUGCAGUUGUUACACAUUUUCUGGUCCUAUGUGAUCAUUUGAUCUUCAAUGUCAUCCUCUGUGAUGAGGUAUGAAAAGUCUUUGUCUCCUUUGUGCCACCACUGGUCAUGGGAGAACAUGAGGUUCAGGGUGACUCCUACCUGCCUGCAGGAAGGAAGGAGAGAAUGA